AGCAAUCCUUCUUCUGUUCCUAUCAUAUCCCUCCAUUACACGGUCUCUCUUCCAUUGCAUCCUAAGCUUCUCCAACAAAAUCAAGAAACACAUUGUAAUGGCUUUCACUUCUAUCUCCUCGAUGUCCAUUAAGUCUCCUAACAUCUCCACUCCACAUCGUAUUCUUUCUUUAUCUAAGCCUUUCCGCAUAGCUUAUCAAUUAGACACAGAAAGAGGAAACCAAUUUGCUGAUUGUUCCAAAAAUGGGUACGAGGUGGAAACUGCUAAAGCCAAGAAUUGGGCAAGGGUAGUGUCAACUACAUUGGUAGCUGCAGCUAUUAGCUUCAGUUCUUGUAAUUUGCCUGCUGUUGCUGAUCUUAAUAGGUUUGAAGCUGAGACGCGUGGGGAAUUUGGUAUAGGGUCAGCAGCGCAAUUUGGUUCUGCAGAUCUCAGAAAGGCAGUGCAUUUGAAUGAAAAUUUCAGAAGAGCCAAUUUUACAGCUGCUGAUAUGAGAGAAUCUGAUUUUAGUGGUUCAACAUUCAAUGGUGCAUACCUGGAGAAAGCAGUUGCAUAUAAGGCAAAUUUUACAGGUGCGGAUUUGAGUGAUACAUUGAUGGAUCGCAUGGUUCUCAAUGAAUCUAACCUCACCAAUGCUGUGCUUGUUAGAUCAGUACUCACACGCAGUGAUCUUGGAGGUGCACUGAUUGCAGGUGCUGACUUCAGUGAUGCUGUUAUAGAUCUUCCUCAGAAACAGGCUCUUUGCAAGUAUGCUAGUGGCACAAAUCCAAUUACCGGGGUAAGCACCAGAGCAAGCUUAGGCUGCGGAAACAGCAGAAGAAAUGCUUAUGGCACGCCUUCUUCUCCUCUGUUGAGUGCUCCCCCUCAGAAACUGCUGGACCGCGAUGGUUUUUGUGAUCAAGGCACUGGUCUUUGCGAUGCGAAAUAAUUCCAAUGCAAGGCCAUCCCACCGAAAAAAGUCCCGAUAUCUAUAUAAACAGAAGCGUUAUAUAUAUGUCCGACAAAAGAAUGUUAUGAAUCAGAACAACUACUUAAUUCUAAAAUACCAGAACUACAAAGGUAAAGAGAAAGGCAAUUAACAUUUGCUUCCAAUGUUCUGAACAAAUUAUGAAGAGAUUUCUUGAAUUGCUCAACUAUAGCUAUAUGGCUAUUUUCCCCCU